AUGAAUCCAAAUUAUGAACCAAUAAUUAAAAAAUGUCAAACAUUUUUAGAUGCAUUAUUUAAUAGAAAUCAAGAUACAGAUACUUUUGCAAAACCAACUAGAGCACAAAUAAUUAAAUCUGCAAAAACAUUAUCUCAUGAAAUUACAAAAAUAUCAUUAUUAUUAGCAGAUUUAAGAGCAAAAACAGAAUAUUUUUCAUCAAUUGAAGAAACAUUAGAUAAUAUAUUUUCAAUCUACCAAGGUUUAUCAGCAUAUUCAGGAGCGUCAUUAUUUAGAAUCAUUCAAAUUUAUUUUAGAAAAUUAAUUAAAUCAACACAAGAUGUAUUUAUUGCAUAUCAAAAUAAUGAACAAUCAUUAGGUGAUGAUGAAGAGAAUACAAUCUCAAAGCAAAUUACAGGUUUAGCAUGGAAAUGUUGUGAGGAACUUGAGAAAGUACCAAUUAAAAAUUCAAAUUCAAUCAUCUCUAGAGGUGAAGAGAUUUCAUCAUUGAUUCAAGAUGCAUUAGAGGAGGUUAAAGAAUUUCAAAGUAAAUUAAAGAAUCUUGAAAAACAAUUUGGUCAAGUCUCUUCAGAGAAACAUCAAGUCUCAAAAGAUGGUACUGUCAUAGUCGAUGGCGAAUCAACCACCGAUAAAGAUAGUAACGAUAAGAAAAGUGAUGAUGUAAAUGGUGAAUUUGAAAAAGAGGAUGAGGACCAAGAUCAAGAUGAAGAUGAAGAUUACGAUGAUGAAGAUGAUAUUGAACUUUUAAAUAAUUUAACAAAACAAGAUAUUGAAUUGGUAGAUAAAAUAGUUUCAGUCAUUGAACGUUCGACUAAAAUCUCUCAAUUAUGGGUUGAAAUGUUAAAAUCAAUUAAUAAACCAUCCGAUGAAGAUACUGAUUUCACAAGUGAACAAAUUCAAAUCUCUGAAUCUGUAAUUCAUCAAAUUAAUGAACUUUCAAAAAAUGUUGAUGAUAUUGCAAGUGCUAUCUAUCCAUUACCAAAUAUUACUUAUUGUGAAGCUCAAUUAUCUUUAUUAGAUAUUUCAAUUAAAGAUAUUAUUGAUAAAAUUAAUUCAAAUUUUAAACUUUUUAAUUUUAAUUCUAAAUUUGAAGAAAAAUUAAAAUCAAUUUAA